AUGAAUGUCGCAGAUCAACCGACGAAUGCGAUGAAAAACAAUCAGAUAGAUACUGAAAUAAUUGACCCAACUCCUCAAACCACACGGAUAGGAUGGUUCUCCCAGAUUACUUCAAUGUCUCCUGGUUACCUUGCCGGAUAUGUCAUAUAUUAUAUCAUAUUUAUUUCACUAUCAAUUACUCAACUUCUUACCGGUAUUCAUCAUACUGAUGAUUGUCCAGUCGAACGUUAUAUUCCGAUUUAUUUAAUCGUCAGUGGUGCAGUUUCCGUUACUAUCGCCAUUAUAUCGAUUUUCAAGAGUGCUCUACCGGCAUCUACACAAUUGCAAGAGAAACCAAACUCAAUUAAUGAAAGAUUAACAAGACUCGCUAGUCCAGAAGGAUUACUUUCUUGUUUUAUUUUUGUUCUUUGGUUAUUUGAUUUGGCCUGGUUUAUUGCCGGUAACGUUUGGGUAUUUCGAACACAAUAUUAUGUCCAAUACGACGAUCCGAUUGUCAAACGAAGCACUUUUUGUGAACGUUCGCUAUUCUCCUAUGCUUAUUGGACAAUAAUUAUCAUUUAUAUUUGUAUAGCUUGUACAUGGGGUGUUAAAUUCAUGAUCAGAUGUUGUAAAUCGAAAAAAGAUUCGUCUUAG